UCUUCCUUGAUUUAUUUACAUCACAACGGUUCUAUAAAUUAGUGCACUUUUAUUCGGCGUCCGGUAAAAAACAUUAUUCGAGCGUUUAUACUUUGCUUUUACAUUACUACGUCGUAUUUUAAUUUUAAUUAUUUAACAUUUAAAUUCCACUAUGUUCCGAUGAAAUUUCUACCUAUACAAUCUACCUAGUCCGGUAAUGGCUUUAAUACUUUCAGACGCUUCGUUAAUUCAAGAUUAUUAUAAUUUCUAGCAAUUAAAACCGCUCCGGGAUUAACCUUUUCGGGGAAUAUAAUAAUAAUAUACAAUAUAAUAUAAACACAUUAUUAUUAUUUAUUAUUUAAUAUUAUAUUGGUUUAGCUAAUUAGUACAUCUCGUUGUCAAGACGUCGGUCGCGAUACAACAGUAUUUGUUUGUAGACGGAUUCGCUAUAUUAUUUCAGACGUGAUAUUAGUAUUGUGUUGUUUGUUAAUUUUCACUAUUUUCAUUAGCGUUCAAUAAAAAAAUCCAUUUUUUGAGUUUUUCGUUGAAUCCCUCACCGCAAAAUGUCGAGCGCGACCGCAAUCGCACAUAAGGUUUUUAGAAGUCUCGCCAGCGGCGUCCGGCUGAUGUCGAGCGCGAGACCCGUCAGCUGCGCCAAGAUCAACGCCGACGACAAUCAGCCGCAGUCCUUGCAAGUGACCUUGAUCGAGGGCCAGGGCACGGGGCCAGUGAUGUGCGCGGCCGUCAAGAAAAUCUUCGAGGCAGCCCACGUGCCGGUACAGUGGGACAGUCAGACACUAAAAGUGUACCGGGAACCAAAGACCAACCGGAUGACCGUCAGUCCGGAAGUACUAAGUUCGGCCGCAAGAACGGGAUUAGUGCUACGAGCCCAAGACUCGACUGUGGGACAGAGCGAAAUGCAGUCGUCGGAUUCGUUGGCGCUCCACAAGGCGCUGAACGCGUUCGUCGGAGUUCGUAAGUUCGUGUCCGUGGAAGGGCACCAGCCGUAUGGCCCUGUCAAACUGGUCAACAUCCGCGACAACGUGAGCGGCGAAUACUCUGAGAUCGAGCACCUCGUCGUUCCGGGCGUCGUGCAGUCCAUCAAGAUGGUGUCGAUGAAAAGCUCGUUGGCCGUGGCCGAGAUGGCGUUCAGAUACGCCACCGAGAACGGUCACUCGCAGAUCACGGCGCUUCACAAGGCCAACGUGAUGCGGUUGUCGGACGGGUUGUUCUUGAAGGCCUGCCGGGACGUGAGCGUCUGCUACCCGAACCUGGUGUACAAAGAGGAGAAGCUGGACUCGUUCUGCCUGAACGUGACCAGCGACCCUCAGCUGAACGGCGACCAGCUCGCGACCGGCGAACCUAAACGGUACGACGUGCUGCUCACGACCAGCCUGUACGGCGCGUUCGUCGGCGCCGUUUGCGGCGUGCUGUCCGGCGGAAUGGUCACGGUGCCGGCUGCCGCGUACGGCCCGAACGUGGCCGUGUUCAGCACCGUCAGCGAUUACGGCUACAGCAGCUACUGUCGCAGCAAAGACAAUUGCGUCGUGCCCCGGAUGCUGGACGACCUGGAACCGAUCGUCAACCCGACGGGCAUUAUCCGAGCGGCCGCGUGGAUGUUGGACCACGCCGGCAUGACGGUCGCCGGGCGGCGCAUCACGGCCGCCGUGGACAAAACCAUACUGGACGGCGUUCGCACCCGGGACAUGGGAGGCCAAGCGUCCUGCGCCAAAUUCACCGACGCUAUUAUCGCGAACCUGGAUUGCCUGAUGAGCGAAAGCGGCGAAGUAGGCGGCAAAUGUGAUGAAUGCGGCAAAGGCGACAAAGGCGGUGACGGAGAGUGCUGCUAGAAGUCGUGACGCGUCGUCAAAAGCUUGCCGGUGACGAACCCCACCGUGUUUUUGUUUCUUUUCUUCUGUUUUUGAAUUAUAAUAUAAUAUUAUAACACUA